CAGCAGAAUAGAGUCAUGAUGAUUUUGUCUGUAAAGGUGGAUGUAUUGAUGUGUGGAGAGUGACAGAUGUCAUGUCUUAUCUCAGGUGCUCAGAAGCGGCGCUUUUACUCUUCAUGUUUGUGGAACUAACUGCAGAUGGACUCUGAGCAUUAUGUAAUGAACCGGUUAAAGUCAAAAGAUCAAGACAUUAGUGCCUGGUGAAACAGGUAUUCACAGCCUUAAAGUGUGUGUGUCACUUAUGUGUAAACCACACCUGCGAGACUGAGGCAGAAGGAGCAUGUUGGAACUCAGUAAUGCUCAUAAAUGGGAAGGAGGAGGCAGUGAAGUCUUGCCUGUCCCCAUCAGAGCUCAAGGGUCAGGUGUUCUGCUACAGCUCCCGAAACGUCUCUAAACGCAACUGCUGCUUUACAGACUUCUGCAACAAUGAGACGCUGCACCUGAAUCCAGAGCCACCGCCUGAGGGAUCUGGGUGGAGUCAGCUGGAACUAGCUGCCGUAAUUCUUGUGCCAUCGUGCCUGGUGUGUGUAGGUGUCAUUCUGGGAAUGUGUGCUGUACAAAAUCUGCGAUGCAACCACAUCAAAGCCCACAAACAGGAUCCAGAAGAACCCCUGGAUGACCAGACUUUGGUGUCACCUGACAAAUGCCUAAAAGAGCUUAUCUAUGACAUGAGCACCUCUGGCUCGGGAUCAGGAUUGCCCCUACUGGUCCAGAGAACGAUUGCUCGAACAAUUGUCCUCCAGGAGAGUAUUGGGAAGGGGCGCUUUGGGGAAGUGUGGAGGGGAAAAUGGAGGGGGGAGGACGUCGCUGUGAAGAUCUUCUCCUCACGAGAUGAGCGUUCCUGGUUUCGUGAGGCUGAGAUUUAUCAGACCAUCAUGCUACGACAUGAGAAUAUUUUGGGGUUUAUCGCUGCUGAUAACAAAGAUAAUGGCUCAUGGACACAGUUGUGGCUGGUGUCUGAGUAUCAUGAGCAUGGGUCUCUCUUUGAUUACCUGAACAGAUACACAGUAUCAGUGGAGGGGAUGAUAGUUCUGGCACUGUCCAUUGCCAGUGGCAUUGCGCACCUCCACAUGGAGAUUAUUGGCACUCAAGGGAAGCCUGCCAUUGCCCACAGAGAUGUUAAGUCAAAGAACAUCCUGGUUAAGAAGAAUGGAACGGCGGUGAUUGCUGAUCUUGGUCUGGCUGUCAAACACGACUCCAACACCAACACUAUCGACAUCCCCAUUAACCACAGAGUGGGCACCAAGAGAUAUAUGGCUCCCGAGAUCCUGGAUGAUUCCAUAAACAUGAGCAGCUUUGAGUCAUUUAAGCGUGCUGAUAUCUACUCACUUGGCCUGGUGUUCUGGGAACUUGCUCGCAGAUGUUCCGUCCAAGGAAUUUAUGAAGAUUUCCAGUUGCCUUAUUAUGACCAGGUACAAUCAGACCCAUCAGUGGAUGAUAUGAGGAAGGUGGUGUGUGAACAAAAACUCCGACCCAACAUUCCUAACCAGUGGCAGAGCUGUGAGGCGCUGAGGGUUAUGGGUAAAAUCAUGCGGGAGUGCUGGUACGCCAAUCCAGCUGCUCGACUGACAGCACUACGUGUCAAGAAAACUGUAUCUCAGGUAACUGUGGUCAAAGACGUUAAAGAGUAACCCAGCAGUCUGGUGCCCCUCUUAUCUCUGUCUGUCAUUGUUACUGGGACAUUUUAGAUGCUCAGGUGAGAUGCCAAAGAUUGCUGGAGUUUAAGAGGGAAAUUUUGUCUUGUGAUGACACCUGACUAGAAUGAUGAAUGAAAGAGAGUGUAUUUUGUUUCUUAGUCAAUAGAUGGUGAUAGAGUACUGAUAUACUGCUACCUCAACUGAUCAUGUAAGUGCCAAAUGCUUUGAGUUGCACUUGUUAUGCUUUGUGCCAUUAAUGUUUUGCUUGGUGUAACUUACAAAUAGAUUGUAUUUUAAAAAUGUAUUUUGAAAAGUAAGUCAAAAUGUCUUUACACACACACACACACACACACACACACAAAAAAUAGACCAACCAACAGGACCAACAUUUUUUUUUUUUUUUUUUUUUUUUUUUUGAGACCAUGGUUGACGUCAGACAGCGUAAUGUGGUCUGCAAAAGUAAGCUUGUUUUUUUAGCCAAGCUUUGUGCAGAUUGUGGUUUCCUGGCACUAUUUUUUCUACAGUUUUAAACAGCUCACAUCACUUUUGAUUGUACUGUGUACCUUUAGAAACCUGAAGGAUGAUUUCCUGUAAACCCUGUCAUUUCUAAAUGCAAAGAGAAUAGUUUGUCUUUUGUGCGUGUGCAGAUGUCUGGGACAAACCCUCAUGUCUGAAGAGGGAAAAAAUGUAACACAUCAUUCAAAGCCUUUUAACCAGAUUCUUCAUCUAGAGCAGGGGUCUCCAACCUUUUAUAAACCACAGACAGGUGAAAAUAUUCUUGUGGACCAUCUUGGUGUCAGUGGGGUGGGGGUGGGGGGGAUGAUCAGAACAAUCAUUAAUCAUUAUAUGUAUUUUUAAUUGUUAAUUUACAUGAAAUCAACAAAAUUAUGAUUCAUCAAGCUAUUGAUGUGGUUGAUCAUUUUAACAGCUUUAUUCAGCACAGAGUGAAGUUCCAGACAUUUUACGCCUAGCCUGGUGUGUAGAUUCAAAGUCAGGCACAACUUUGAUUCCAGUAGUGAGGCCAGACAGCUGUCCAUUCAUAGAUGCUGCUCUGUCUUUACAUAUUUUAAUGCAAAAGGAUUAAAUUUACCUGAUAUGUAGUCAUUCAAAGAUUUGAAAAUAUCUGCCCCAAUUGUACAAGUUGCCACUGAAUGCACCCACAUCAUGCACACUGGCUUGAAAUAUGUACUGCACAUAAACCAGUAGUAUUUCCUUGUUGUCAGUUUGUUGAGCUGCAGUGCAUAUCACAGAGACUCUUUAGCCUGUCUAAUAAAUUCACUUCAGUGUUAUUCAUUCUCAGUCUUAAAGUGUUAGCUGAAAGGCCUUCUUAGCUUCAGCAAGAUGGUCAACCACCAAGUAUGUCACUCUCAGUGCAGCUAUGUUUAUAGACAUUGUGGCUUUCAGCAGUUAUUGCUGCUCUGUUUGUUCAUGUUUUUCCAUUCAAAGUAAUUUUUGCAAUUUUGACGGUUUCAUUGACGUAUUAGCUAAUAUCUUCACAUUAUGAACAUGAGGUUCAGCACAUGUGAACUGCCCAUAGCCACAUAUUUUUUAAACAAGUCAUCAUAUUUUUGGUUAAAGGCGGCUGUCCUUUUUAUUUAUCAGUAUGUGUGUUAAUGCCAUUCCUUGUACUUUUCCUACCUCCUUCACUAAAGAAAAUUUUAAGGGGACGUUUGAUGCAUACUCAUCUUAACAUUGGCUGAGUCUGCUGCAGUAGUAAAGCUGAUGUUUUCUGAAAUGACGUGCUCUCUGUAAAUUUAGAUAGUGGUGCUUGUUUACUAAAUAAUAUAGAGACGUUUUGCUGCACAGAUAUUUUUCCCAGAUUGUUCUUGUGACCUAGUAGCAACUUUAUGGCGCCUUAAUGGGUUGCAGCCUUGGGGUUGGGGACCUCUGAUCUAGAGGACUUCUGAAUGCCAAUGUGAAAUAUGUGACUGUGAAAGUGUACAUUUUAUACAUUUAAUGUUCAAGUAGAAGUUGUACUUUAUUGCACUAUACAAAGGCUCCCAGCUGCUGAAAAAUAGUAAUCAACGUUCGACAGACAUUCAGUUACAGAUUUCAAUAGAGCACCCCAGCAUAUCUAAAACCAAACAUAAAAUGUUGUGUAUAUAAAUAGUCAUGGGAGUGUACUGAAGAAUUGUAGUUUCUCAAAGUUUAUAACUGCGUAACUACUUGUCUGCUAAAUAUUGUGCUUUAAGUCUGUGUGGUUGAACAUUUCAUGUCUUUGUGAUGGUUUACUGAGAUGAAAGGCUGUUCACUAGGGAUUACUCUGUUAGCAGUCCCGAGGUGUGUGUUAGUGUAUCUGACUGUGUGUGAUAAAUAUGCCUUGUAAUGUUCUUGUGCAUACAGAGUUCUACUUUUUGUACAGCUGUAAUCUGGAACAUUCUUGUGUGUAAAUUAUAUCACUUCAAAUGUCUGAUUUAUGUUAAAAUUGCCUCUGUUGAUGUGACACUAACAAAACUUGUAUUUAUGGGUUUUCCAAACUCUAUAGAAGUAUAUGCAUAUAUUUCAUGUUAUAUUUUAGUCUUAAUAAGUCUAUCAUCUGACAAUGAACAUAAUUUGCUGACUGCUUUGUAUAAACAUCCAUAUUCAAAUAUUUAUUUAAUCUGUAUAAAAAAAGUGUUUUCAUUUAUUUUGCUUGUUGAAGAAUAGUCUUGUUUUAUCCUGUUUCAGUCAUUUGCAAAAGCAUAAAAUGCUUAAAUGUGGAUUAGAGAUGUCUGGGAGAAACCAAAUCCUUAAAAAACUUAGCAAAAUACUGCACCAUUACAGCCUGAUGCUGUUGAGAAAUGUUGUAGCUCACUAUUUUUACGUUGGGUAUUCAAUCUGAGAUCCUAACACACGUCUCUGUUUCAGACUUUUACAAAGUGUUCUCUGUACUUUGCUGUCUAAUGUUUUGAGAAAGAACAGAGACAUUUAUAUGAGGAGGGUGGAAUUAUGUAACACAUAUCCACUUUUUUUCUGAUUAGCAUUCUGUUUUGUCUGUGUUAGAGUAUUUAAUUUUCUAAAAUGUAAACCAUAGAGCAAUAAACUACUUUUCUUGAUUCA